UCCUCCUCCUCCUCCUCCUCCUCGUCGUCGUCGUGGUGUCCCCCGGCUGCCCGCGCGGCCCGAUGCCCCGCUACUGCGCCGCGUUUUGCUGCAAGAACCGGCGAGGGCGGGGCGGCGCCGAGCGGAGGCUCAGCUUCUACCCGUUUCCGCUUCACGAUAAAGAGAGACUUGAAAAAUGGUUACGGAAUAUGAAACGUGAUGCCUGGGUACCCAGUAAAUACCAAUUCCUAUGUAGUGACCAUUUUACUCCUGACUCUCUCGAUGUAAGAUGGGGAAUUCGAUAUUUAAAACAAACUGCCAUACCAACUAUAUUCUCUUUGCCUGAAGACAGUCAGGGAAAGGACUCUUCAAAGAGCAAGGUUCAGAAGAAGCAAACUGUGGAAGGUAAGGAAAUAGGCCGGCCGUUAAAGUCAGAAGUAGUAUCGGCAUCCCGGGAAUCGUGUUCACCCCGACAAGGUGGAAGUGCUCAGGCACCCUGCUCGUCGGUCAUGAGGGACCCUCUUCAAAAGAGUAAACUGCUAGAUCCCAAACCAGAAAGCUCACAGGUCGAUGACGUGCUUACUCUGAAAGCAUUUAACCAACAGAUUGAAGAAGCAAAAUCAGUUCUGGAAGCCUCAGUUAUCCAGGAUGUAGAAAUUGGCAGCUUUCACCCAGUAGCCGAGAACCUUCUGAAUUCUGCAUCUGCUUUGGAGCCCGCAAAUCCAGAACAUUUAUGCCUGUCUUUGGAACCGAUAAAUGUUGUUGAAGAAACGGCCACUGAUUGUCCAAACCUUUCCGUGGAUGUGCAGGCGGGUUGCGGCAAUGCCGUCUUAUUCAAUACUAUCUCCCAGACUUUCGGAGAAUUGACUCCAAAUGAAGAAUCGGUUAUUACUAUUCUCUUACCUGCUGAAAGCUCGAAGCCUUCAGUGGUGUGCAGUUCACUGGGACCCGCUCAACAGGAAGUGCUAGACUUGGAAGACACAGACACCGACGACUCCUCAUACAAGGACGUGGACUGUGGAACGGAAAUAUUACAAACAGAGCAUUCAUACUGCCGACAAGACAUCAACAGGGAACAACUCUGGCAAAAAGUUUCCAAGCUGCAUUCCAAGAUAACCCUCCUUGAACUCCAGGAGCAGCAAACCCUAGGAAGGCUUAAAUCACUAGAAGCUCUCAUAGGGCAGCUGAAACAGGAAAACUUGCUUUCUGAAGAAAAGCUCAAGAUUGUAGAGAAUUGUUUCACAACAUUUGAAGUUACCAUGAUCCAAUAAAAACAUCUAGGAUUUUACCGAAGCUCUUUGAUUACGCAUUAAGUGACCUUUCCAAAAAUGAAUCUCCCGUCUCCGAGACGCAACGUUCCUCAGCCGAGGCUAGGGGGCCGGGGGAGAUUUCCAGGAGGCUGAAGAGACUCGGAGUGGUGGUGCUCUCUGGGUUGGACAAUUGGAAGGCGGUAGCUGCCUUCCCCUGCCCUUCUACGUCUCCCAUUCCCCACUCCUCCCUUCCUCUCCCCCUGGUUUCAUAAGAUGAACAAGGGAGGCUGCAGCUGGCAUGGGGUGGGGAUUUUGCCUGCAAGUUCAAUGGAGGAAGAGCUGCGGGCAGGACCCAUUUUGAGCUUUUGGUUUAUUUGCUGUUUGGUUUGAAGAUCCUGGCCCCAGAAAUUGAAUUUCUGGAAUAAAGCAAAGAAUGCCCGUAA